CUUGCGUCUAGAAAGCUGUUUCUUAAUGCUGUUAAAACUGUCCUUGUCAUAUUCUCCCGAAAGCUGAUUCCUUGGGACAAUCUUUAUGUCUUCAUUGACCAUACAAGGAUCUCGCCUUCGCAUACAGCCUCUUUUCUUGGUUUCGUCUUGGAUUCUCGGCUGAAAUGGAAAAACCACAUUGAAGCAAAAUGUGUAUCUGCGACGAGGGCCAUGAUGGCUGUAAGCAGUUGCCUCCGGCAAUCUUUUGGUUACGAUAGGAAACGCUUACGAUUUCUCUACUCCUCCACCGUUGAGCCCAUCUUCACAUACGGUUGCUCUGUCUGGGCUUCUGUUUUACGCACAAAGGCCGGUUCAAAGAAGAUCCGUUCGUUUCAGCGGUUGAUCUGCCGGAUGAUUACGCGCUCGUUCAAAACGGCCCCUACCGAAUCGCUCAUUAUCUUAUCCAAUAUGCUUCCACUUGAUCUCCGCAUACUGGAAAUAGCCGCUUCUCGUCUGCUCUCUCAACCGGCUGGUGAGUUUGUCAAAUCAUCUAGCAAACUAAUCCUUAAGCGUCUCCCCCAUGAACUUAUGCACAAAAAGAGUGAACGAGUCAGUACAUUUCAUUCUACUCAACACCCACCGUGGAGAAUUUGUCUCUACUCCUCUAGCCUCUCUUACGCGUCUGUCGAUCUUUUUCCAUGCGCACUAAACACCCUCCGCUGCUAUAUUCGUGUGUUUCUGAACUCUGGCGCUGCUGGACUUUGCGUAGUCUUCACAAACUCCGCGGCUGUAAUCAGGAUACUUAAUCUGUCGCUACCCCCAAUCUCUUUCCGCAGUGGACUGAGCGUCGCUCUUGCUGAGGCCAUUGAGACUAUAAAGGAGCUGAGGCCUAAGUAUACCAGCAGUGAAAUUAUCUUAGUUGAAAGGCUCGUAAUGCUCAGUCCGGCCGCUACACUUUCUCUGAUGGAGGUGAGCAACCUUGAUCUUCUGGCAAAACUCGGCAACUCUUGUCAUGUCUUCACUGCUGCCAAUCCAAACUCACCUGGUCUCGCCCUAGCUAGCUUCUGGGCCAAAUAUCCCUCUCCGUUUACAACUCGAUACGCCCCGGUCUCCCCGAAGGCUAUUCAGAAAGAGCUCUCGAAAUAUGUAUGGAAUAUGUGGAAUAAGGAGUGGGUGUCAUUGUCAACCAACUUGAGCGUAAAAGCCUUCUUCCCUGAUGUGUACUCCGCCAACAGGCUCCUCAAAGUAAAAACUAGUGCAAUCUCUACCCAGCUACUCACAGGCCACUGCCCCCUAAAUGCUCACCAACAUCGGUUUGGCUUUACUUCAUCCGCCUCCUGUCGAUGCGGUGCUACUAUUGAGUCCAUUACUCACUUUCUUUUCUACUGCCCAAACUACUCUAGUCUCAGAGAGGAGCUGUAUGAGAAGCUCCUUGCCGUCAACCUUCCUUGGCCCCCUCCUCUCCAUAUCUUUCCAAAAUCAAAUCUGUCCUGGAAUGCACUGGUCAAAUAUGUGCUUAGCACUAAGCGUUUCUCUCUUAAAUAGUUGAAGACGAGCGCUUCUCGUGUCUCUAUAUUAUUUCGUCUAACACUGAUUUUAGGCCUCUUGAAGCAUAUCUUAUUUGCUCUGUUCCGGUGGCUAGGAAUGGGGUCCGGGAGCGCGCGUUCCCGUUGGCCACCCAUCCAGCCACUGGAGACUAUGGUCUCACUGCCAGCGUGAGGGCUCUCUUGGACAAGACUAGCGCUUUCCUCGGAGACGCCCUCUGCUCGCUUCUCGUGAACCAGUAGCUCAAUUUUAUGAAAUCAGCCACUAGAGUACAGUGUUGUCAUUGUUGAUGGUCUGGUAUUUUAAUUUAGCCCCUCUCCUAUUCUCUCUAAUAAUAUCAGCUCGUCAGGCCGGGGCUCUGGGAACUGCUGUCGGGAACCCAUAGGGGAUGUAGCUAUGCCGGCGACCACCGGCUGGUGGUCUAGAAGGUCUAACCAAGCCGGACAGGUACUCAAAUCCCCUUU